UCGUAGGGCAGAAUAUCUAGGGUAACCUUGCCAGGAGACUAAGAGCCAGCCAGACCUAAGUUAGAUAGAGGGUUGCUUUGAAAAUAAUUUGUGAGCUUCAAUCUUGGAAACAAUGGCAAACUCAGCCCUGACCAUGGAUUUGCAAGGUCUGAACCUGGACGACUUGUCACAUCCACAAAACCAAGGGGCAAUCCCCAAAGUAUCUCCCACUUUGCAGAAAGAGCCAACUAAAGAUGAAGGUUCGACCAAUUCCAAGAAGCGACGGAGCCGCAGGCAAAAGAAGAAGAAGGUUUCCGAACCGAACCCCGUGGACGAUGGUCCUUGUGAGAAAGAAGAUAAUACCGGUGCAUCGAGUUUGGAAGACAGAGUUCCAGAUUUCUCCUUUCCCACCAUCGUGACAAGUUUCAUUGAGAAGGAGCUUGAGGAGGAAGAGCUCCUCGAAGCGUACAAUGACACCAAAGACACAUCAGUGCCCAAUAAUGCUCCCCGAAAAAUAGACUCGGAAAAGCGGGCAGGAGCGAGACGAAAACGAAGUGGAGUGGGUAAACGGAAGAAACCCAAAUCUCCGCCCUUGGAUGGAUUGGACCCGAAAUGCUCGGAUGACAAGGAGAAUGAGAAUCUGGAGAUGCCUGAUAUUAAGUUGGAUUCUGACGACAGUGACCGCGAUGACGAGCGUCCUAGUGGUCAAAAGUUCCAUUGGAAGAGUGUCACCAAAAACGGGUGGAUCAAGAAAUGCAUCCUCGUGGAUGGACUCCAAGACAGUGGGCGACCCAAACCAGGCGACACGGUCUUGGUCAAGAGUCAAGGCAAGCUCAAGGAUGGCACUAUCAUCGACGAUUACCCAACUCAAGUGUUCAACGUGGGUGAGCACGAGGUUGUCGAAGGGUUGGAUCUGGUGGUCCAAUCCAUGUUCAAGAACGAGCUCUCCAUAGUGUCUCUCAAACCGGAAAUGGCCUAUGGGACCUUGGGUCGCAAAGGGGACGUCCCUACCAACUCCAGGAUCACAUACCUCAUGGGACUAUUGCAUUUCGAGAAGCAGAAGGAGAUCUCGCAACUAACGUGGGCACAACGCCGCAAGUCCGGACAAACCCGCAUGCGGCUGGCCAAUUGGUGGUAUCAGCGAAAAGAAUACCCCAUCGCGGUGAAAUGCUACAAGAAGGCCCUCGAGUACUACAACAAUAUUCCCACUAAUCAGGAGUGCACCACUCCGGAGGAAUACAAGGAGCUCCUGCAACUCAUGGAGGAGCGUCUGCGCGUCAUGCGACAAGUGGCCAACAUCUUCAAGCGGAUCGCCAACAUGAUCCAGAGUGGACAGAUCACAGCCUGAUCCGAAACGAAUAUCCUCAGAGACACUUCAAAUCCAUGCAUAGUAUUUAAGACCACUUGAACAAUAUAGGGCUUUUGCAUUGAA